UUAAAUUUGUUUGAUGAUUUGAAACAUUCAAGUGUGACAAUUAUGCAAGAAGAGAAGAAAUCAGGAAGGAGGCAAACACUUGUUCACACCACAGUAUAUGAAAAUGAGGCUUUAUCGCUGGUUGUAUGUAUUCUUGUACUUCGGAUACUGCUUUAUCGUGAUUGUUAAGUUUCCCUCUUAAAUUUUGUGUUAAAUUAAUAUGCAGACUUAAACCAUAGCCAAUGACUACGUUUACAUGCAGUCAAUAUUUGGGUUAAGGUCAAUAUUCCGGUUUCUGAUACAUUCGGAAUAACCCGUUUACAUGUGCAACGUGAAAAGAAAAAAAAACCCAGCAUGGACAACAUCUCGAUGCACGGAAAACGUCAUGACGCAAUGCGCGUCAUUUCCGAUUCUUCUUCCUGUUUCCAAAAAUAGAUCUGAUAAUCUGAUAAAUCUGAUAGAUUUUGCUAUAGCGGUACUUUCUACCAUCAAUAAAAGACAUAAUGUUCCUGUCUUUCACCACACUAACAUGGUGGCUUAUCUCCCCCUCGCUCCAAAAGUGUGGGGUUCUGCGUGUCGUCAUGUUUACAAGUAGUUCCUGCCAAAGACACAAGAUUCCUUUCGAAUAGAACAUGCGCAAAACACAAAUGAAUGCUCCUUUUGAUUGGGAUAUCCCGAUAGGCGUAUACAUGACCUGAUUUCCGGGUUAGAAAAGGAGUAACCCAGGGGUAAUGCUUGGGUUUUUAAAAAACAGAAUAUGAGCAUAUUCCGGUUUUUCAAAAGGGUUAUUGGUGUUAACAUGACCACAACCGCGUUAUUGCCAAUAUUCCGGUGAUGAUAGGGUUAUUUGACUGCAUGUAAACGUAGCCAUUGAGAGUGGACAAAAAAGUGAAGCUCAAAUUCAAACCAUUCAAACGGAAGGAUGCCAACGUCAAACUGGAAUAAAACAUAUGUAGGAUGACUACUUGUCUAUUUAUUAGUGCUCAUGUGAAACUUUAUCAAAAUGUGACCACUCAAAAUACACAUUUUUGAACCGUAAUUCCUAUAAAAUUAAUUAACCCUUUAAUUAUGGUCAAUAUUUCAAGUUAAAAAAUAUAAACCUGAAGGGGUAUUAUGACUGUAAAAAGUUUGGGAGCCACUGCUCUAGUUAAUUGCUCUAAUGGAGACACCCCUCUGGCCCUUUCUUUGUAUUGUCUUUUACUGAAAACACUCACUUUGCCUCACUUUGCUCAGUGGAGUGUUAAAUAUCAGAGUUGAUACUGCUGUAGUGUUCUCCUGCAUGUUGAGUAGGAUGUGUUGAUAAAAUAGUGCUAAGCAGAAGGUGGUAUAACACGCACGUUUUCAUCUUCUCUCCUCUUUUCAUUACUGUCUUUUCACCGGUUGUUUUCAUGCCUCACAUUAGGAUUGUUGCCCACUCUUAAUAAGCAUAUUGCGUUAUCAUCAUUUUGCUCCUAUUGAACACAGAGACACAGGAAUGUUGCACUAAAUGUAUUUAUUACCAUCCUGUCUUCCCUCUUUGUAUCUGUUAGCACUGACAUAGCACUGUCUUCUCAUUGGAGUGUUUCAGCCAGCAUGCUCAUGUGUUGUCUGUGCACUACACUACACGUCUGUGUUAGAAUGCUUCAAAUAAACCAAAAUAUGUCGACUGUAGCUUUCUAUGAGCAUAUUUAUUAUCAGUGUUGGGCAAAUUACUAGUAAUUAAUUAUUGUUACCAGAGAUGGGAGUAAGUCACUCAUUUGCAAGUCACAAGUGAGUCUCAAGUCAUAAGAAUCAACCAAGUCAUGUCAAGUCAUUGCUCAGGUCAAGCAAGUCACAAGUCAAUUGACUUUCGUGGUCCCCGCCACCUCCUCACUCCCCAGCAUUCCUUACCUGGGAUCCCUGUGGCCUUGAAACAGUCUAUCGACCUGCGGACAUCCAUGGACGGGAAGUACAAGGAAAUUGCCGAGGAGCUGUUCUCACGCAGCCUGGCAGAUAGUGAGAUGCGCAGCGCUCCUUAUGAAUUCCCAGAGGACAGCCCCAUUGAAAAGCUGGAGGAGAGACGCCAACGUUUGGAGAGACAGAUUAGCCAAGAUGUCAACUUGUCUGUCCACAGGUUUGAACCAGAUAUCUUGCUGCGGGCCAAACAGGAGUUUAUGAAAACUGACAGUGCCGCUGAUCUCGAAUACAUGAAGGAGCAAAGCCAAGCACCAGACCUGCUGGAGAGAGAGCUGCUCCCAGAGAGAGAGUACCAGCGAGUCACCAUCUCUGGAGAGGAGAAAUGUGGAGUUCCAUUCACUGACCUGCUGGAUGCAGCAAAGUGUGUGGUGAAGGCCCUCUUCAUAAGACAGAAGUACAUGGGCCUGUCACUGCAGAGCUUUUGCAGGACCACUGCUCGAUACCUGCAGGAGCUGAGUGAGAGACCCCUUGACCUAAGCAUCUAUGAGCAGGACAUCCAAGAGGUGGCAGAGACUGCUUUCACUGCAGACGCCACAGUGCAUCCACCUGUUUCUGAAACACACCCCUACAAGAACCAGGACCCGGCCAGCAUGCCCCCCGACAUGGGCUACGGCUGCAAGAUGGUGGAUGGCGUCAUGCACGUUUACACAUCAAGAGCGACGAUGGACAAGAGCACAGAGCUGGACCUUCCAUAUCCAGACCUACAGGAGUACAUCGCUGAUAUGAACGUCAUGAUGGCCCUCAUCAUCAAUGGACCAGUGAAGUCUUUCUGCUACCGUCGCCUGCAGUAUCUUAGCUCCAAGUUCCAGAUGCACAUCCUAUUGAAUGAGAUGAAAGAGCUGGCAGCACAGAAGAAAGUCCCGCAUCGAGACUUCUACAACAUCCGGAAGGUGGAUACACAUAUCCAUGCCUCCUCCUGCAUGAACCAAAAGCACCUUCUGCGCUUUAUCAAAAGAGCCAUGAAGAAGUAUCCUCAGGAGAUCGUGCAUGUGGAGCGAGGCAAAGGGCAGACGCUCAUGGAGGUGUUUGAGACGAUGAACCUGACGGCUUUUGACCUCAGUGUGGACACCUUGGACAUGCACGCUGAUCGCAACACUUUCCAUCGCUUUGACAAGUUCAAUGCCAAAUACAAUCCCAUUGGUGAAUCCAUCCUAAGAGAAAUCUUCAUCAAAACUGACAAUCACGUCGAGGGAAAAUACUUUGGUCACAUUGUUAAGGAGGUGAUGGCUGACCUGGAGGAGAGCAAGUACCAGAAUGUGGAGCUCAGGUUGUCCAUCUAUGGCCGCUCCAGAAAUGAGUGGGACAAACUGGCCAAGUGGGCAGUCAAGCAUCAAGUCUACUCUAACAACGUGCGCUGGCUGGUACAAGUGCCAAGGCUUUUUGAUGUGUACCACACCAAGAAGCACCUGUCCAACUUCCAGGAGAUGCUGGAGAACAUCUUCCUGCCUCUGUUUGAAGUCACAGUCCAUCCUGGCUGUCAUCCUGAGCUGCAUCUCUUCCUCCAGCAUGUUGUAGGUUUUGACAGUGUGGAUGAUGAGUCCAAACCAGAGCAGCAUAUCUUCAACCUGGACAGUCCACUGCCAGCCAGCUGGACAGAGGAGGAGAACCCGCCCUACUCUUACUACCUCUACUAUAUGUAUGCAAACAUGACCGUUCUCAAUCACCUGCGCAGGCAGCGGGGGUUCCACAGUCUUGUCUUGCGUCCUCACUGUGGUGAGGCAGGCCCUAUCCAUCACCUGGUGUCUGGUUUCAUGCUGUCUGAGAACAUCUCCCACGGGCUGCUGCUCAGAAAGGCUCCCGUACUGCAGUAUCUGUACUAUUUGGCUCAGAUUGGCAUCGCCAUGUCUCCUCUCAGCAAUAAUAGUCUGUUUCUUAGCUACCAUCGUAACCCUCUGCCUGAGUACCUGUCCAGAGGACUUGUGGUCUCUCUGUCUACGGACGACCCCUUGCAGUUUCACUUCACCAAGGAGCCCUUGAUGGAGGAGUACAGUAUUGCCGCUCAGGUGUGGAAGCUGAGCUCCUGUGACAUGUGUGAACUAGCCCGAAACAGUGUGCUGAUGAGUGGCUUCUCUCAUAAGUUGAAGAGCUACUGGCUAGGGCCAGACUAUGUCAAAGAAGGGCAGGAGAGCAACGACAUCAGCAGGACUAAUGUUCCUGACAUCAGAGUGGCCUACCGCUACGAGACCAUGUGCGAGGAGCUCAAUUUGAUCACGCAGGCCAUCCGCACGGACGAGCUGGACACCAUCGAGGAAGAAGAGAGUCUCUACAUGGCAUCUGCACAAACAGAGCAAUAAAUAAACAUGACUGUACCCAAUUUCUCUGAAUCACAACUUUGUACACAUUUUGUACAAAUUUGUGUACAAAUAGUCAAAAAGCACUUUGAGAAAGGGCCGACAAUGUGUUGUUGUUUAUGUCUAUGAGUUGUGAAGUCUAUUAUUUUCAAUUUAUAUUAUGUGUUCAUGGCCAUAUAACGUCAGCCUUUCUGUGCUAAUUCGCUGUUGUAGACCUUAGCAUCAACAGUUACGUUGGUAUAGUCUGGUCUUGAUGCGUCCUUGAUGUCUUAUCAGUGGCUGCUUGAAGGCAUGCCAAACAGCCAUCACUUGUCUUGACUACAAUGCUGCUGAUAGUGAUAGCAUCUAGUCAUGCUCAUGUUCUCCCUCACGUCUGCUGUUAGUGUGAUGAUGCAUGAUAGGGCCUACGUUGCUGCAGUCACACCCUUUGCACAAAAUUCAACCAUGGCCAAAAAUCAUCAGUAGAUCAAUCAUUUAGGGAACAAGAAAUCGUCCUUCAAAGUCAGUUUGUAUCAUCCUGGGAACUACAAGUUACAGUUGAAGCCAUGUUUGUCUUCUCCCAGGUGAUCAUGUAUGUAGUUUGUGUAAUAUGAUUUCAUGUUGCCUGUAUUUAUGGAAAAAUAAAUGUUCAUGUUCAUGUGUUUGUCUUAAUCUUUCACUUAUAAUAACAGAAGUUAAAGUAACGGAUUACAUUUAAUUGCGUC